CUAGGAACCCCGCGGACGCGGGCGGCGCUGCCCCUUUGCCCCCGGCUGAACUGAAAGUUUGCGCGCGGCUUUGCCGGGGGAGGGAGGGCCGGCUCCUGCCUCGCCGGGUUCCGAGGGGAUCCAGCGCCCCGCGGUGUCAGGGGACGGGCGGAGCGGGGGUGGAAGGAGAGAACUAACCAGUGCUGGGUUUGCGGGUGCGCGGGGUUGGGAGGGAGGGGCCGCAGCCCCUCGGAAUCGCCCUCCCGGGUUGGAGGCCGGGCGUUAAGCGCGCUGUUGCUUUGUAAAAAUGCGUGUGUCUUCAGGCGUUCCGGUUGGGGCGGGGAGGGGACACCCCAGGAGGUCUAGGGCUCUACUCCUGAUGCCAUCCCCCCCCACCACCACCACACACACAUACUUUUUUUUAAAAAUGCAAAGAUGGGUUCUUUAAAACGAUGAUCCUGUGGCUCUUUGCUGAACUGAAAGAGAGCAUAUUAAGCCCCCUGGGGAUUUAAGCGUGCAAAUUCAGCUGCCGGAGAGCUGGGAGCUCCAGAGUAGGACAAUAGCUAUUGUCGUUAAGGAGUGCUUGCUGGUGGUUGGGAGCACCCGGCGGAUGUGACUCUGGACUUUCUUUAAAGCAAACAGUGCCUCCUAGGCUGGGUCACCAUGGCUGACCGAGCUGCUGCGGAAAGAGCUUGCAAGGAUCCCAACCCCAUCAUUGAUGGCAGGAAGGCCAAUGUGAAUCUGGCAUAUUUGGGAGCAAAACCAAGGAUCAUGCAACCAGGUUUUGCCUUUGGUGUUCAACAACUUCAUCCAGCCCUUAUACAAAGACCUUUUGGGAUCCCCGCCCACUACGUGUACCCGCAGGCUUUCGUGCAGCCCGGCGUGGUCAUCCCGCACGUGCAGCCCACCGCGGCCGCCGCCUCCACCACCCCCUACAUCGACUACACGGGCGCCGCGUACGCCCAGUACUCGGCGGCCGCCGCCGCCGCCGCCGCCGCCGCCGCCUACGACCAGUACCCGUACGCGGCGUCGCCGGCCGCCGCGGGCUACGUCACCGCCGGGGGCUACGGCUACGCCGUGCAGCAGCCAAUCACCGCCGCCGCCCCCGGCACGGCCGCCGCCGCCGCCGCCGCCGCGGCCGCCGCCGCCGCCUUCGGCCAGUACCAGCCGCAGCAGCUGCAGACCGACCGCAUGCAGUAGCGCGGCCGCGUGGUCGCGGUCGCCUCGCGUCCCCUCCCCCCCACACACAGUUGCCCGACGUGUAGUAGGUAAGGCGAGUUCACGUUGACUUACCAGCUUUAAGAAAAACAAAACAAAAACAAAAAACAAAAAAAGCGCUAUGCUAUUGUGAAACAGAAUCCUCCUCCUCCUCUUCCUCCUCCUCCUUUUUUUUUUUUUUUUUUUUCCUACUCCAGUAAGUGUCGUAGUUGAGAGAGAGAGGGGAGUGGGCGCAGUUUUGGAAAUCGAUCCCAAAGAGCCUGAGGAAAGGAAAGGCCGCGACGACGCGACGGUGGCAGGGGCAAAACAAUGGAACUUCACUUUUUCUAACGGGAUUUUUUAUUUUUUUGCUCUUUUUAUAGUAUCAGGGAAGCAAACUGCCUUUUACAAGUUUAGGAGAUGCUAUUUGAAUCUAGUCGAACCAGGGAAUGCAGAGUGAGCAAUAUGUAGCUUGAAUUACCUUUAAGAGCAGAUUUCAAACACACACACACACACACACACACACACACACACACACACCACAAAAGCGGUGAACGCACUGAUUGUCAUUUUUAGCGGUCACGAGGGCCUCUAGAACUUCUUCAGGUAAGAAGAUAACGUUCUUACCGUCUCAAAACAUGGGCAUCGAACAAUCAACCUAGGAGCGUGGCAGUGGGUGAAAUGGUGGACAGGCACCAAAGCUAUUUUCUCAUCUAUCCUGUGGAUGAGCGGGACUGUGGGGCAAGUGAUGUGGAAUUAAUGGGUGCAGCAGCUGUACAGACAAUCAAUAACACACACAGUUCUGGAAAGAACACAUCACUUGUGCUUGUUUGAUGAGCUUGUCACAUUCUAAUCCCUCUCCCCAUCCUGUUUCAAUUUUGGGAAACUUGUAUCUGCUGGUGUCAGCAGUUCUGAUUCUGAAAUAGGAUCAGGCUUUUACUACAACAGCCUUCUCUUUCUAUUUAUUGUGUUGACUCGUGGCUUACGAUUAAAGGCAGGCAAAGUUUGCAGACUCCAAACCCUUAAGAACUGUCUUAAGGACACGUAUUUCCUACCCCCUCCCCCUUUUUAAAUAAUUUUACACUUUUUAGUAUCUAUUUCAGAGUCAUAUUUAAAACUAUUUAUUAGUGAACACAGUACACGAAACAACAAGGUUACUGAGAUUAUAGUUCUUCAAAGGUUACCGAUAAUGUGGUUUAUACUGUGCCUUAAUAGUAACGCUAUUUAAGAUAUUUAUUUUUAAGUUUUACUAUGCUGCACUCUAAAGAAAGGAACUUUAGAUGUGACACUGUAAAAUUAUGUAUUCAUCUCAUGGCAUAAAUUAUUUAGUAGGUCUAGAUGUAGCAUAUUAAAUAUUAACCUAUUCAGCUAAAGAUGUUGACUUGGAUUUAUUUAAAUUCGUAUGUGCACUGUAUAAGAGAGUACUCUGACAUUAACACAUUUUAAUUUAUUUUAGUUUUUAGGUUUUAUUUUAAAGCAGAUAUAUUGCUAGUUUCAUGCUUCCUUCUCUUAAUUUUUGCUCGUGUAGAUCUCAUUUAUUGGUACUUCAUUAGUUUAACACUAUUCUUCUGUAGUUUAUGUAGUUUUUAAAUGCUGCUUUACUUUUUUCUUCCAAAACUGCAAUACUUGCAAUUUUUAUUCUUAAACUAAAUUGAAUACUAUUUUACACUGUAUUGGAUUUUUAUACUUGAACAAUUUCAUACAAGGGAAGACAGGUUAGCAUUUUUAUGGACUUUCUCCAUUAUCACUGGAUUUACUUUAAGUAUUCCCAUACUAGACAGUGUUAUGUAAUGUAGACAUGACUCUCCUGUGCAAAUUAUUUAUUCAUUGUGUAUAUUGCUUUAUAACAUUUCAGAUCUUCUAAUCUAUUCACUUGUAUUAAAUAUAAUUUUUAAAAACUUC